AAAUGACACAGCUGACAGGAUGAAUACCUCUCUCCUUUUCAGAAAUGACACAGUUGUCAUCACCAAUACUUCUCUCUGUUUCAGAAAUAGCACAGUUGAUGCCACCAAUACUUCCCAUAGUAUCCUGACGAUUGAAAACUUUAGUGAUUCCUACGCUGGAGACUACAUUUGCACAUACACAGCUGCCAAUGGUGACACAAAUAAGACCACCAUCUCCUUAACUGCCCUAACAGAAAUCAAAAUGGGAGGCACUUACAGUUUUGGCAAUCAGUCUGCAACUUUAAUGUGCAGCCUAGUGCUUCGUUCUGGAAUACAGGCAACAUUCCAAGAAUGGUUAAGAGAUAAUAUAAGUUUAUCACAACUGACAGAUCGUGAUCGAUUCCAACAAUACGACAAUGGAACUUUGCUUAUUAAACGUCCUACCCGACGAGAUGGAGGACUUUACAUUGCUCGUUACAAUGUCACCAUGAAGUACGGCCCAUACUAUGACUGCGAAGUGGUCUACAAAGCUGCACCUUUGGUUCUGGAUAUGGAAAAGUCAAAGAGUCUUAUCGAGGGUGAGAACCUGAACAUCAGCUGUAUUGUCAAAGGAUACCCACCACCCACUGUCAAAUGGUUCAAGGAUGGGCUCGAAUUAAAGGACGGAGGCCGCAUACACCUAGCAAAACAUAAUGGCAUUGAAAAUGCUUCUCUAUCAGUCCAGACGGUAGAAGACUCAGAUGGUGGCAAGUACGUUUGUAAUGCUACGGAUGAGGAUGGCCAGAACUCCUACAAGUCGAUUACAGUUCGGAUCAAAGAUCGCCUGGACUGGCUGUGGCCUGUUAUCGGCAUCAUCUGUGAGGCGAUUGUGCUGUCUCUUGUUGUC